AUGGCUCCGGAAACUGCCAGGUUUGAAAACAAGCAAACAUUAAAUUUUGAUUUUCAUCUUGAUGAACAAUGCUAUGAUGAUGAAGAGAUCGAAGUGGAAAUAAUGGAACAAGAAGAGCUAUUUAAUACUAAAAGUGAUAAAGAAAAUAACAUUCGUCAUCAAUUUUCGUUUGAAUAUAUGCAAAAUGCGGUGAAUAUCUAA